UCCGGGUCUACGCGGUGACGCAAUUUUUGCCUCGUUGGAAGGUAGUUUCGGGAGGAAGAGCUGAGACUGUGCGCUAGCGGCGAAGCAAUACAACGAAGACAAACCAAAGACACACGGACACACUGAGUGGAGCGGUGUUUGUCUGCUGCUACCAACACGAUGUCAGUCACUGACGACCUACCGGACAUGGAUGGAGCAGAGCUGUUAGGCCUGCUGUUCCAGGAUGGACAAGAUGGAUCUAAUGAGGCCUUCUUUCCCGAUGGGAGCGGGCUCAUGGAGUCCUGGCUGUCUGAACAAGACAUGCUGACAGAUAUAGAUACUGAAGACUUUCUGUCCAGCUUGUUAGAGGAAGAGGACAACAUGGCCACUAUCUGUCCCUCUCAUUCUCCUCUGGGAAGUGACAGUGGCAUUUCUGAUGAUAGCAGCACUGGAGUUGGAAACAACAAUGUUCUGGGAUGCCAAAGUCCCCACAGCAGCGAUAGUGACAUUGUGCCCAGCCCCAGUUAUUCCCAGCCCAGCCCUGAGCACUCGGACCCUGCCCCGGCUCCUGGGGAGUUUCACACAGAGAGCCCGGAGGCUUUAACAGUCCAGGCUGAUCACAGCUACUCUCUGCUGCAGAAUGGAGGGAGGGACAUGGAUGUCUUGGAGAGUGUCAGGGCAGAGAAGCUAGACACAGACGUCUUUAUUGAUCUGGACGACCUGGUGAGUGAAGAAAUGGAGGAAGACGUUACCAGCGAGCUGCCCUACACACUGGCCAUAGAGGACUCAACACAGGAUUCGCCACAAGCCGACACAAUGGACCAGUUCCAGUUUAAGGAGAUUGUACUCACAGAGGAGGAGAAGCGACUUUUGGCUAAAGAGGGCGCCACCAUUCCCACACACAUGCCUCUCACAAAGGCAGAGGAGAGGACAUUGAAAAGGGUGAGGAGGAAGAUACGCAACAAGCAGUCUGCCCAGGAAAGCCGCAAGAAGAAGAAGGUGUAUGUGGACGGACUGGAGAACAGGGUUGCCAUCUGCACUGCUCACAACCUGGAGCUACAGAAGAAAGUCCAGAUGCUUCACAAGCAGAACGUCUCUUUGAUAGAGCAGCUGAGGAAACUACAAGCUAUGGUGAAGAUGUCGACUAUGAAGGCCAGCACAACCAGCACCUGUGUGAUGGUGUUCCUGCUCUCCUUCUGUCUCAUUAUCUUCCCAUCGGUCAAUCCAUUUGGCAAAAGCACAGAACAGAAGGAACUUUACACUCCGUCCUCCAUCAUCUCCCGGACCUUGCGGUCUCUGCCACAAGAGAAUCUUGAUGCCCUUCAAUACAUUACGGAAGAUCUGCCCCAAGUAGAUGUGGACAUUAAACCCACCUUCACUGUUAGCCAGAAGAACCACACCCCCGACUUCCAGACGGUGGAGCAACCCGACUCAGAAACAGGCGUCAACAGCAACUCCUCAGCAGACUUCCCAGGUUCUAGUCAGGCCGGCGAGAUGAAGCCGGGUCCGGCUGGAGGAGUCGGAGCCUUGCAAGACACAUCCAUUGAUCCUGCAGUGGCGUACGAGGUCACAGGCUCCAAGGAGAAGUGGGUGGACGUGAACCCUCCGUCUGUGAUAAUACAGCAGCAUCGCUCAGACGAGAUGUAGUAGAACUGUGUUAAUGAUUUAACCAGCAGAGGGAGCCAUAACCGAGGGCCUCUUAAACUUAAAGGGGAGAAGGGAAUUACCUUAAUCACCCAGACAUCUCUGCCCCCACUUCUUCUCUUUAGCCCACUUCCUAUGUACUACUGUUACUUUUGUGCACUUUGUUCUAAUGUCUUUCUCCUGAAGACAUCUGCAGAGAGAUUUCCAUAUUCCAGCACUGUAAACUGAGCUGAACAUUUCAUGAUGUCACUCGUUCUCACGUUAAUGAAGACAACGCUGAGUGGUCUCCGUUCGUAUAGAAAUUGGUGCUAAUGACCAGAGUUUGUGAUUUUGUUGGUACCAGCAAACAGAGUUUUUAAUUAGAUCAGAACUUCCAAGUUUAAUUGUUCGGUGAUGAUUAUAAUUUAUUCUAUAGAGCACAGCAAUCGAUUCUGGUCUGGGUUUAAUGAACCUAUACUUCUUGUGAACGACGUUUCCAUAGCAAAUUAUUGUUAAAGCAAGUAGUCCAACAACCCGCAUUGCUAACUAGUCAACAUUCAUUGCAUAGUAGAAGAUAGGCUGCUCGAUUCUCAUUAGGGUCGAUCAAACUGGGUGUUUGAUCGUCUUAACGCUUAAGCCAUUGCAGGACACGUGGCCAUUUAGGAGACUUGUAAAGUUAAUUAGUAUUUCCCUUGUAACAAGGGUUCCAUGCUCACUUUCAUUUUGGAAUGCUUUGUUUUUAUGUUGUACAGUGAAGAAUGACGUAAGUCUUGGGCUGCAGACAGACAGAGAAAAAAUGUUUGCAAAACGUAGAACAGGACGCUGAACUCUUGACUCUGUCGGCCGGCCCCGUUUUAAUCCUCUUCUACAACUUCAUGGGACAGUACCUCAGCACCUGUGUGCGCAGAACAAGGGAUUCGAUGUAUUUGUUAAAACAAAUCCUACUACUUAAAAGUGUAAUGACCUGUUCACCAGUGAGGCAUUUUUGUGUAUAUCUUAUUCUACUGUUGGUCAUAAAUCUACAGUGUUUUGUUUAUAAUAUAAAGAGUCAGUGAGAUGUUAAAUGUUGAUCAUGUUGAACAAAUGCACUGACAUUUGACAUAGUCCAAGAAUGCAAUGUAAAUACGCUUCAAUGAUUGUAACCUUACUUCAUGUAUAAGACAUGUUUGGACGUCUAUAAUAAACCUUUUAUAUAUCACAA